AUGGGGGGGUUUGGGACACAGAAAGCAAAAGGGAGGGAGGGAGGGAGGGAGAAGAAGAGAGGAGAGAAAGAAAAAAAACCCAUAAGAUGCUCACGUUUUCUGCUCCCCUCAAUUAUCCCCUCCCGUGAAGAUAGGCUUUUAUUAUCAUCACCGGUGGAACAGGACCUGCCUUCACCGUAUCAUCACCCCAGCUCCUCUCUUCGCGCUCAGGACCCUCUCUCUUUCACUUAUCGCUGCUUAAAAAAACACAAAAAUAUAGCAGAGCCCGGGCUGGAGGAGUCCAUGCGAGCUGCCAUCUGA